AUCCAAUACAGUCACAGAGCCGGUGUGGUUGUUGCUGAUAACUGCUUGUGUACAUUGUACUUUGACCAAUGUCACUGCAGGUUGUUUCAUGUGUUUUUGUCAGACAGUGAGGAUUACAUUUCACAGUCCUACUUUAGCUAAAAGCACCAGUUCCUCUUUCCACAUCUGGAUAACCUCUGGGAAGAUCUCCACUGCCACCAUGUCAACAGCUGUACAGGUCGAGCCAGUCAUGGAGAGAAGGUAUGGAGGAGUUGGCCGCUGCAAGUGCUCAUUCUGGUUCGCAGUGGCCCACGACAUACUUGGCAUCUUCAUCAUGCUGGUGGGGGUGUUUGGAGGGCUGGUUAUCCACGACUUAUUCAUCUAUGCGGGGGCUAUCAUCAUCUUCCUCAGCCUGAUCUGGUGGGUGUUCUGGUACUCCGGGAACAUCGAUGUGCCACCCGAGGAGCUGGAGGACGACGUGGGCCUGAUCAAGCUGAAGAACCACAGGCUCAGGCAGGUGGCGAGGCGUGUGUCCGACCACCUCUCCAACAGGAUCAGGAACUCUUUCAGAAAGAAUGGCCGAUCCUUUAGAGAGGGCAACAACAGACCUUCAAACACCGGUACAGAUGUGUCGCUCUCCACUAUCUGUGAUAACACCAUCGCCUCCUCAUCCAAAGAACUUGUGAGAGAGACAUUGUCAAUAUGAAGGAACCCAUCACAGACUGUAAAUGACACCAAGAGACACUUAACUUGGAUCUUUUAUAUUUGUUUCCUUUGCUCAUCUGUUUAUUCUGUUGAAAAGGAUUUUGUGUUUGCUAACAUGCACAUGUAAUGAUUAGACAGCAUUGAAGUCUUGUCUAGAUAAGAUCCACAUAUUCUUAUCUUGCUGAUAAGAUGUAAACUUUGCACACUAUAACACAGUAUUUGACCACAGUCAUGUUUGGUCGAUUCACAGAUGAUGCACAGUUGGGAUGUGCUGGCUCUAAAUAGAAAAAUAAAAGGUUUAAUGAGAGAUUUGUUAAAAUGAGGCUGAAUCAUACUUGGAUGAUAUGUGGCCAUUUAUAGCUGCAUUUUUUUUUGUAAAAGGACACGAGUGAAAAUGAACCAAAUGCAGCCAGAAGUUUAAGUUGUGCAGUUUUUACUUAUUUAUUUUAUGUAUAAAGGUGAAUUUAAGCUUUAUAAUGUCUAUUGUAUCACCAGAGCUGUCAUGUUAAGUUUAAUAAAUUCAACUAGUCGAUG